GGGAAUACACAGAGGUGACGUUCUGACGUUGCUAGGUACCCAAACUGGUGUAGUAUGCUGUAAUAUAAAACGAAGCUACAGGGUCACAUAGUUUAUGAUUUCCUUACGUUUUGUGCGAUAUUUCUGCACUCGCUGAAUUUGUGUAUCUGUCGCUUUCGUUCGCUGUCGGAAAAGUUGUGUUAAAUCCAUAAACUCCUUUUUAUAAGAAGUUUACAGUGAGGAAGUUCCUGGUUCGAAGUCAAACAUGGCUGUGGAUUGGAUUGGCUUCAUCUAUGCUGCUCUGGUGUCCGCAGGAGGACUCAUUGGUUAUCUGAAAGCAGGUAGGAGAAACAUAAGGACAAACUAACUAUUAGUCUAACUUCUAACUUAAGUUGUUGGUAAGUUUCUGUCCGUUUGUGACAGGGUUAAAUGAUGAGCUGAUUUUCUUUUGCUUUGGUUGUGGUUUUGCAUGAUUAAGUCUUGUUUACACUCCCAUGCAAACGAUUACUGUAAUAUUUAUAAGAGAAAAAAAACAUCGUACUAUCGUAAAUAAUUACGAAAGUAAGUUAAAAAUCAAGAAAGUACGGUGGCCGAGAACUGCCACUGCUGCAAAUAAAAAAAGAAUGCAAGAAAAAGAAAGAAAACGAAGCUCACUACAAAUAAAAAAAGAAACAGUGCAGAUAAAAAAAAAAGAAAAAAAAAACACAGCAGAAGUUAACAAUGAAAAAAAAAAAGAGUGGCGUUGCAAAGAAAAAAAAGUAACAUACUGUGAAAAUAAAAGGAUUCACAAAAAAAGAGCCACAACGAGAGUUAACAAUGCAUAAAAAAAGUGGUGAUGUGGUUAAUUUUUGGGCUUCAGUUUCUUUUUUUUUUUUUUUUGCAUUGUAACUUCCAUUGUGACUUCCUUUUUUUUUUUGCACUUUUUUUUUGCAGCGGGCUUCGCUUUGUUUUUUUGCAUCUGUAACUUCUGUGACUUCUUUGUUUUGCAUUCUUUUUUAUUUGCAGCGGGCUUCAGUUUUAAUUUUUUUUGCAUUGGAACUUCUGUUGUUUCUUCUUUUUUUGCAUUUUUUUUUAUUUGCAUUCAAUAUUAAUUUAUGAAGCACAUUCAUACUAUUUGUACUUCAGCAAUUUUCACUUUCAUCCAACUUCUACUUCUCUUUCUCCAGCCCUUAAACCAAUUUUACAUUUAAACCUUCCUCCAUUUUUUAGCAGUUUUGCAUUGCUUUUUCAGCUUUCAGCACUCAGCAUUUCCACGCAUUUUCUGCAAGGAAAUGCAAUUUUUCUAGUUUAUUUUAUCAUAGUGCUUGUUUUUAAGCUCCUUUUGUUUUGUGUUAAUUUUGGCACCUCCUGUGGACAUCAUCAUCCUGACCUUUGACUGUCAUGUGUCGUAUGUUGUAAAUAUUGACCAGUAUAUCCACAAAUUACAAUUUUUCCAGUAGAUUAUACCUCUUAUUAGAUUUAUAUGUGAUAUUUGCUCAAUUGCCUGUAGAAAUAACUUUAAAAACAAAAUCAGUUUAAGGAUCAGCAGGUGUGCCAGGUGUUCACUUCAUCUCCUCCACAGGCAGUGUGACCUCUCUGGCUGCAGGGCUGCUCUUUGGCCUGCUGGCUGCAGCUGGAGCUUAUCUGGCAUCUCAAAACCCCAGGAAUGUCUGGCUUUCAGCAGGUGAGCAAGUUUAGUCUGUCACACACUGUCAAAGUGCUGCGUUCAUGAAAACAUUACAAUCACUCUUUCUCUGACACUCAGGCACCUCGGGGACUCUGACUGUGGUGAUGGGACUGAGGUUUUUGAACUCCGGGAAGUUCAUGCCUGCUGGUUUAAUGACUGUAGCGAGGUAAUAUCAGCACAUCUGUAUCAUGUAGACCUUUUACUUUAAAAUGUGAAUUAAUAGAGAAGAAUAGAAAUACUUUUAUGUUUCCUGACAUAAAUAUUUUCAUUUCUUUUCAGUGGACUGAUGCUGCUGAGGCUCAUCUUUAUGUUAAGAAGGCCGCAUCAAUCGUAAAAAUGUAUAAAAUGUCAAAUUUUUCUCUCUGCAAAUAUAUAUUUUAAUAAGAAAUGUGCUUCAAGUUUACAAACAUUCCUGCUGCUUCAUUUUCUGCUGUCUGAUUCUUCCAAAGAAAUGUAAAAUACACUAAGAACGACUAACAGGAAACAAAACUAAAACAAAAAGCAUCUUCAGAUAGGUUUUAUUUUGAAAUACAAAACUGUUUAACAACAAGAGGUGGAUGGUUGUACUUUUUCGCUCUGUAUCUGUUGCUUAAAAAUAAAAAAAAGGAUCUCUUAAUUCAAUAAAAAAUAUACUUUUUAA